AUGCGGUGCGCGAACAAGGCAGCUGAUAGCGCGUCUGCACGUCUCUGUGAAGACGCCGAAGCAGAAACCACUGCAAACGAUGUGUCAUCGGUUGCUAAAGUGUCUCAUGUCUCAUACUCUCCUGAUACGGAAGACGGAUCCGUAUCGAAGGCGGUUGAAACCAAGCCGCCUGCCAAGCGUGGCAUGGAUGAUGCUACGCGUCGUAGCAUCGUUGGUUCAUCUGACGAAUCAGAUGAACCAUCGCCGAAGCGAAGGCGCUCGAGGUCGCAAGAUUCGGGCGCUCACAGUGGUGUCGGUUCUCCUAUUGACGCCACUUCGCAACGAGGUGCCAGUACUUCUGUCGGCACGUCGCAGGAAGAGCUGGACCGCAGUGUGUUGCGUCUCGCUCCCGAAAAGAAAGCAUGGAUGCCUCCAAAGUCGGUCAUGGAUCGCUUGUUGGCGACGACAAGUGAUCGCUAUCGAACACGAUUGUUCGAUUCAUCAAGGAUCCAUCACUUUGACCCCAGUGCGAAAGACUAUCGCUGA